CUUUCUAAAAUAUAAUUCUUUUCACAAGAUAAAGGAGAUUUGCUAAUGAAAGUAUUGCACAAGAUGAUGGAACCAGCAACUUCGGCUGUCGGAAAAGAGAAGAAAAAAACUCAGGAAUAUAUGCUGUACUCAUGCACACACAAAGCUGUUUAUGUUCCUUGUCCAUGCCCUAAGAACCCUCUUCUGCCUUAUACUCCUACAAAGGAAAAGUAAAGUCCAAGAUACGAAAGAAUCCUAGUCAAGCUAGCUCAAUAAAAUAUGAACGAUCAACAGAGAAUGAUGCUAACUGACUUAAACGUUUUCCAACUGCUGUCUGGAUGCAAAUCGCAAGAUCAUGUUUGGACUGCAAGCAAUGAAUAUAUGCUUUACUCUUAUGCACGCACAAAGCAGCAAACAUGUUCUGUUCACGAUUUAAAAUUGCUUUUUCCCCAUAAACAUGUUCAUUUCUCCCUAUUAAUUUAAUUAAAGAAUCAAAAUUAUCACCAAAAAAACCCAAAAAAAGAAAAAAAGAAAAAAAAAAGAAAGAACAGCUAUGGAGCUCGAAUUGGCACUCAAGAUCACAAGAACCAGAAAUGAUGUUACUUCCACAUCCGAUCUCAGGAUCGCAAAAGAUUCCUCUGGUCCUGUUUUCAUAUCUACAGAAAAUGAAAAAAUGUUCAUCCUCAUUGCCUAUCUUAAAGGAAAGGUCCCUUUUGUUGGUUUUAGAAGGGAGAACGUUCAUAUUGAGAUAAACAAGGAUGGGAAUCGGAUUGCGGUAAGUGGGAAGAAGCUAGUUCAGGAGAUGGUGUUGAGAGGCUGGAUCAUGCAGACGAAGGAUGUGGAAUUAAGGGCUUUUAAGAAGGUUUUUCGGAUACCCGAUGUGGUGGAUUUGAAUCGAAUUAAAGCAAAGUUUAAUGAGGAAGAAUCAACUUUGAAAAUCACCAUGCCUAAAAGGAUUAGAGGAAUUUGUGGGUUUGAAAUUGAAGAAGAGAAAGAAGAGGAACCUAAGAAGGCAAUAGAAGAACUCAAGGAGGCAGCAGAAAAAACCAAGGACGGAGCAGAAAAACCCAAUUUAGUGGAAGAACCCAAGUAUGCAGCAGAGGAGCCCAAGAAGGCAGUAGAAGAACUCAAGGAGGCAGUAGAAAAACCCAAGGAUGCAGCAGAGGAACCCAAGGAGGCAAUAGAAGAACUCAAGGAGGCAAUAGAAGAACCAAAGUUAGUAGAAGAACCCAAGGAUGUAGCAGAGGAACCCAAGGAGGCAGAGCCCAAAGAGGCGGUAGAAGAACUCAAGGAGGCAAUAGAAAAACUCGAGUUAGUAGAAAAACCUAAGGAUGCAGCAGAGAAACUCAAUGAGGUAGUAGAAAAACCCAAAUUAGUAGAAGAACCCAAGGAUGCAGUGGAGGAACCCGAGGAGGUAAUAAAAGAACUCAAGGAGGCAAUAGAAAAGCCCAAGUUAGUAAAAGAACCCAAUGAUGUAGCAAAGGAACCCAAGGAGGUAGUAGAAAAACCCAAAUUAGUACAAGAAUCCAAGGAUGUAGCAGAGAAACCCAAAGAGGCAAUAAAAAAACCCAAGGUGAUAGAAGAACCCAAGGAUGCAGCAAAGGAACCCAAAAAGGUAGUAGAAAAACCCAAAUUAGUAGUAGAACCCAAGAAGGUAAUAGAAAAACCCAAGUUAGUAGAAGAACCCAAGAAUGCAGCAAAGAAACCAAAGGAGGCAGUAAAAAAACCCAAGGAGGCAGCAAAAGAACACAAGGAUCCAGAAGAGGAACCCAAAGAGGCAGUAGAAGAAGCCAGGGAGGCAACAAAGGAACCUACAAAGGCAGCAGAGGAACCCAAAAAGGCAGUAAAAAAACCCACAUUAGUAGAUGAACCCAAGGAUGCAGUAGAGGGGCCCAAGGAGGCAAAAGAAGAACCUAAAUUAGUAGAAGAACCCAAGUUAACAAAAGAACCUAAGGAUGUAGCAAAGGAAUCUAAGGAGGCAGUAAAAGAACCCAGGGAGGCAACAAAGGAACCUAAGGAGGCAGCAAAGGAAUCCAAAGAGGCAGUAGGAAAAUCCAAAUUAGGAGAAGAACCCAAGUUAGUAGAAAAACCCAAGGAUGUAGCAAAGGAAUCUAAGGAGGCAAUAAAAGAACCCAGGGAGGCAACAAAGGAACCUAGGGAGGUAGUAGAGGAAUCCAAAAAGGCAGUAAGAAAACCCAAAUUAGAAGAAGAACCCAAGGAUGCAGCAGAGGAACCCAAGGAGGCAAUAGAAGAACCCAAGUUAGUAGAAGAACCCAAGGAGGUAGUAGAAAAACCCAAAUUAAUAGAAGAACCCAAGGAUGCAGUGGAGGAAUUCAAGGAGGCCAUAGAAGAACUCAAGGAGGCAAUAGAAAAACCCAAGUUGGUAGAAGAACCCAAGGAUGCAACAGAGGAACCCAAAGAGGCAGUAGAAAAACCCAAAUUAGUAGAAGAACCCAAGGAUGCAGCAAAGAAACCCAAGAAGGCAAUAGAAGAACUCCAGGAGGCAAAAGAAAAACCCAAAGAGGCAGUAAAAAAACCCAAAUUAGUAGAAGAACCCAAGGAUGCAGCAGAGAAACCCAAGAAGGUAAUAGAAGAACUCCAGGAGGCAAAAGAAAAACCCAAGUUGGUAGAAGAACCCAAGGAUGCUGCAAAGGAAUCCAAGGAGGCAGUGGAAAAACCCAAAAUAGUAGAAGAACCCAAGGAUGCAGCAAAGAAACCCAAGAAGGCAAUAGAAGAACUCAAGGAGGCAAUAGAAAAACCCAAGUUGGUAGAAGAACCCAAGAAUGCAGCAAAGGAACCAAAGGAGGCAGUAGAAAAACCCAAGGAGGCAGUAGAGAAACCCAAGGAUGUAGCAGAAAAACUCAAGUUAGUAGAAGAACACAAGGAUGCAGCAGAGGAACCCAAGGAGGUAGUAGAAGAACACAAAGAGGUAAUCAGAAAACCCAAGUUAGUAGAACGACCCAAGGAUGCAGUAGAGCAACCCAAGGAGGCAAUAGAAGAACCUAAGGAGGCAAUAGAAAAACCCAAGGAUGCAGCAGAGGAACCCAAGGAGGCAGUAGAAGAACACAAAGAGGCAAUAGAAAAACCCAAAUUAGUAGAACCCAAAGAUGCAACACAAGAACCCAAGAAGGCAGUCGAAGAACUUAAGAAGGCAGUAGAAAAACCCAAGGAUGCAGUUGAGGAACCCAAGAAGGCAGGAGAAGAACCCAAGGUGAUAGUUGAGGGAAACCAAGAGGUGGUUGAAGAACUCAAGUUAGUAGGAGAACUCAUGGACGUAGUAGAGGAACCCAAGGGGGUAGUAGAGGGACACCAGGAGGUAGUAAAAGAACCUAAGGAUACAGUAGAGGAACCCAAGGAGGUAGCAGAAGAACCCAACAAGCCAAUUCAGAAAGACACACCAAAAGAAAAGGCACCACCACAAGAAGGAAUCAUUGAAAAUGAGAUUCAAAGCAAUGAAGAAAUUGAACAAGAGAGACCUGGGGAGAUUCAAGAAAAAGAGGAAAGUAGGGAGGUGGAACCAGAAGAAUCUGAGAGAGAAGAAGAGGAAGAAAUUGGUGGACUUGUAGAGGAGAAAGUGGAGAAAGAGGAAUCUAGGACACCUCAAUAUGAAAUUGACGAGAAUGUUGGAGAAGAACCUGAAGGACAGAUUUUGGAGAAAGUAAAAGAAACAGCAGAAGAGAAGGAAGAACAUCAUGUUAUUCUGACAGCAUAUCCAGAAAUAGAAACUAUUGAGCCUGAGGAAGUUGAAUUGGAGAGGGAUACAGAUGAGCCACAAGAGUCAGAAUUGACAUCAGUUGAAGAAGAACAAAUUGAAGAACAAAUUGAAGAACCUCAAGAUGAUGAAGAAAGACAUCCAGAGGCAGAGGAAGUAACAGAAGUAAAAGAUCAAGAGACUCAACAGGAAGAGUUACCAAAUCCACCGUCAACUCAAGCUGAAGAAGAAAUGCCAGAAAAAGAGCCUCAAGAACCUCUCAAACCUGAAAUUGAAGAAGAGCUAAAGCAAGCAGAAACUCCGGUUGCAGACCUUCCUUCGGAUGAAUCGAUUACAUCUGAACAAGAAGAAGUAGAAGAAAUUGAAGAUGAAAUCAAAGAAGAAAAGGAUGUACAUCCAGAAUUGAGGAGAGAUAAAGGAGUAAGUGAAGAAGCAAGUCAGAGUAAAAAGAAGGUGAAGAAAAGGUGCAAGCUGUGUGCUCCAUUAGUGGUUGGAGGAUCAAGCUUGCUUAUCACUGUCAUGGUCGUGGUUAUUCACAUAAUCAAAACAAAGAAAAGACAAGAAUUAUAAGUAAACUACGAACAUUAGCUGCUUUGUCCUUUAGGAUAUGUCAUAUAAAUAGAGCUUAAGCCACUAUGUUGGAGAUUUUGAGUUCAAAUCUUGAGACAAAUGGAGAGGGGUUUGAGAAGGGGAGGGCUAUCUUCUUUUGUAUACCCUAACAUUUGAUGUAUCAAAAAAAAAAAAAAGAAAAAAAAGAAAAACGUUAGCUGCUU